CAUCAGUCUCCACUUUCGAUUUCUCGUUUCCACUUAUUGCGAUUAAUCUCCGUGCAUCCCUACCAAAGCUCUUUUGGAAAGCGUCAGAUCGACUGCAAGCGCCCACAAGCUCUCCGCGUCCGCCGUCCGCCGUCUGUGGGGGCUGUCCAAGCUAGCUUGCCUGGCAGCGGCGCAAUGCACUGCUUAACCUGUCUGCUCGGUUGUUUUCGAAGGUCAAAGUCUAACACUGUACGCUUGGAAUCGAGCGCUACCGGUCAAGGGUUGCUGGAGAAAAGUAUUUCAAGUGGAAAUGACAGCGACUUUCUGGCUGACGAGGGGUCAAAUUACCAACAAGAUCUCUGGCAGAUGGUAGUGCAACAGAAGCUUUUACAGAUUCAACGCCAGUCGGCCCUUUUCAAUGUCGAAGACAACACCGAUUCUACGCCCGAGGCCUUUCUGCAAACCCUGACAGCCUUGUACAACUCGAAUGGGUUUGCACCGCGGGUGCCACGACUGAGGGAAAUCUUCUUGGGCAUAGAACCAUUCACUGCCGCCAUCCAUACCAUGACCAAGUCGAAUCCGAUUGCAGCUCUGGUUUGGGGGAGUUUGACGCUGAUUUUCCAAGGCGUCCUCCGUUACGCCAAUCUUUUCGACGAUACAAGCAACAUGCUUCAAGAUCUCUCCAAGGCAUUGCCACGCUUUCGAGCCUACGUUGAGAUCUUCCAUACGCCGCAACUUCACCAGGCCUUGAGGGACGUCUACGAGGGUUUCAUCGAUUUCUGCUUCAGGACCAUCGAGCUUCUCCAGCCUAACAAGUGUUAUGCAAUCAUGCGGGCAAGAUGGAUAACCCUCAGCGGCGAAUUCGAACGAACGAAGACGUGGCUCGAUUCAGCAAGCUCCCAUUUCGAAAAGGAAGCUCGACUAGCAGACACACAGGAACAAUCCCGGAGGCACGCUGAGGUUCUGUCAAAGAUCAACUCGAUGAGUGGCUCAACGGAAUCAAGGCCGGCCUACGUAGACCCCGUCACAAACGUUGUUCUACCCCGAAACGACAGGUUCGAAGGCCGGAUGGCAGUUCUUGCACGUCUCCAUUCUGAACUCGCACCCAGCUUCCAAGAAGCCAUCUCUACUAGAGUUCGCUGUUCGUGCGUGAUACAUGCCAUUGGCGGAAUGGGAAAAACGGAGACAGCAUUGGAGUACACAUAUAGGUAUAGGCAUUGCUAUACCCACCUAUUCUGGCUCCGAGCUCAGACCAAUGCGACACUACUUGAGUCUGUCUUAGAGAUCAGCGCCAAGCUUGGCCUUGACGAGAAGGGAGCAAGUCCAGAAAAGAGGGUGCAGGUCGUUCUUCACUGGUUUCAAACAACAACGAGUCCGUGGCUCCUCGUGUUCGACAAUGCUGACGAUGUAGCCACGAUACGCAAAUAUUGGCCUGCUAGUACUCGAGGUGCUAUCAUCGUCACCUCACAGAAUCCUCAACUGGCUCACAUUACCAAAUCCGAGAUCCAUCUUCAACCAAUGAGUGCAGAGGAAGGCAGUGCUCUCGUCCAGAGCUACUUGAACCGGGGUGGUUCUGAGCAAGAAUAUGCGGAAAUGCUCUCGAAUUCGCUUGGAGGCCUACCCCUUGCUAUUGCCCAUUUUUCAGGAUAUGUUGCCAGAUCUCAGUGCCCGCUCAAUCAAAUCUGCAACAGUUUCAAAAUGCGUAUCAGAUCAAGCCAAGUUUGGGAGCUAGGAGACGUUCUGCCAAACAGCACGUACGAGCUUACCCUGAGUACGGUCUGGCAACUAGCUUUCAGACGGCUGUCAAACGACUCAAGAAAGUUGUUGGAAUUCCUUGCUUUCUUGGACCCUGAUCAGGUUCCUGUGGAGAUGUUUGUUGGGCCUACGUCGGCAAAAAAUACAACAGGCUGGCAGUAUUGGGAAACGGAGAGGUUUGAUGCCGCCAUAGGGGUACUCCUAGAGCGGCACCUCGUUGAACGUUACAAUGUGCCCGUUGGAGAUUUCCUCAAAACGCACCGAGCUCUGCAAAGAGCUAUCCUUCAAGGACUCGACACAAAUCUUCCCCAAAGACAAGCCAUAUUCGACGAAGUCGUUGCUAUUGCGCGUAAGGCCUUCCCGAAGGCAAAUAUACUCACACGAGGGGAUACAAGCCAGUACAAACAAAGCGCAAGAUACAUGUCCCAAGUUACCAGCGUACACACGAACUUUGUUCAUUCGGAGCCUGCGAUCAAGGAGCGGCUACUAUUUGCAAAGCUACUAAGCGAUGUCGGUUAUUAUGGUGUCAACAACGCAACCCAGGCUGAAGCGCUCAGUCUCCUAGAGACCGCGGAAUCCAUAUGUACAGCUCUUUUGGAAGCUCAAUCUAGCGAAGUCCUCCCAGUACUCGGUGAUGUGCUUGGGCCACUCCAGGUGCUCAUACAAUACUUGGGUGCGGAAGGGAGACACAGAGCUCUGGCAAUUUGCCAUCGUGCCAUCGCAAUCCGAGAGCAGCAGAAAGAAGGGAUUCCGCGCGAGCAAUGGACUCAGCUGGACUACGUCAAUUUUGGACGAGCACACAACGACAUGGGCGUCAGUCUCUCGCAACUGAACAGGGUCGAUGAAGCCAGCCAAUGGUUUGAUUCUGCCCAUGAAUUCUACAAACUGGCAGGCAACGAAGAAACCCUCACAUCACGUUUUGGCCACAUAUACUCCUUUCUCCUGUGGCCACUUGCUAUCAAGAAAAGGGCGGAAGAUGCUCGGGAAUUGGCUAAUCGCUCCUUGACCCUUAUAGCAAAAGCUGUUGGAACAGAUUCGCCGCUUCAUCUUCAGACAAAGUUCAUAACGGGGAUGACUCUGUUCGCCACUGGAAACGUAGACGAGGCCCUCCAGUUUCACGAAGACGCUUACGAGAAACGGUUGAACCAGCAAGGUGUGCGUAAUCACCUGACACUGGGAAGUCAGUAUAAUCUGGCGGUGUGUUCUCAACAUGUGGGUAACCUAGAAAGAGCUGAAAUGCUCCUGAAGGAUAUCCUCGCAAAUGGCUGCGCCACGACACAAUGGCGAGACGAGGACAUUGUAAGGACCAAGUUCAGACUGUUCCUCGUGCUUCGGGCGCGUGAAAAGCCGGAUGAGGCAUCCGAAACCUUCAAUGAAGUUGCAAGCUGUCUCGAAGAGAUUCGGCCGGAAGUUGUCGGUCCAGAAUAUACAGAUGAGGAUGACAUGCAGCUGCUGGACGCUGGAGUGUCAAUUUUUCAUGGUCGUACUGCCGGCAUUUGGAGUAAUGAGACUUUUUGGUAGCAAUGUCACGGUUUGUACGUUGACAGCUAGAGACUCUACCUAUUAGGCCUCAGUAGCUCUACUCUAGCCUAGGCUAGUUUUAUCAUCUCAAUCGAUAUUGCUCGCUUGGAAAAC